CCCACAGAACCAUGCGUGUGGCACAGGGCUGCUGUGGUGUGCAGCAGUGGCACCCAGGGAAAGAGAAGGGGCUGGGGUGAGUUGGGCUCAGGACCUUUGAGGCGUGGCCCGUGCAGGAGGAAGAGGUACUCAUAGACACACUGAGUGAGCUCUUCUGCUCCCCAGGUCCCCAUGUUGUCCCCAUGACCAUGUGCUGCUCCCAGUAACUACUCUGUUAUCAUCAGACAGAGGGAAGAAACAGAGUCCUGCUUGCUGAAAUGUCUGCUGGCACUAACUGUUAGAGUAGAGGUUUCUGAGGACUCCAGGCCAGAAGAGGGUGGAAAGCCUCCCGCAGCACAAGGAACAGGGCUCCUUCAGAGGCUGAGCAAAGCCACAGUGCUCGUGAACAAAGGUUGAGGGAGCAGCCCGCAUCUCCUCUGGCAAGUGAGGCAAUGUGGGUUUUCGGGGACCCAGCCACCCACCAGACCUACACUGUGCUGCUGCCGCUGGCCUGGAAACUCUGAGCGCUGUUCCUGUGACACCCGCCACAAACUCCUGCUGCCCAUGAGUGUUUGCUGCUGGAGACCCUGCCAAGGCUCCCACCUGUGAGGAUGUGCAGCACUGCUGCGGAGCUGCUCCCUGCCCUGGCACUGGUGUUUGGGGUAGCAGUGGCAUUCGCACCCAUUCCCCGGAUCACCUGGGAACACCAAGAGGUGGGGCUGGUGCGGUUUCAUGAGCCUGGCAUCUACAACUACUCAGCCCUGCUGAUGAGCGAGGAUGAAGGUACUCUGUAUGUGGGCGCUCGGGAAGCGGUCUUUGCGGUGAGCGCGCUCAACAUCUCCCGGAAGCUACACGAGGUGUACUGGGAGGUCUCAGAAGACAAAAAAGCAAAGUGUGCAGAGAAGGGAAAAUCGAAACAGACAGAAUGCCUCAACUACAUCCGAGUGCUUCAGCCACUCAGCUCCACUUCCCUGUAUGUGUGUGGUACCAACGCAUUCCAGCCCACGUGUGAUCACCUGAACUUGACAUCUUUUAAGUUUCUGGGGAAAAAUGAAGAUGGCAAGGGAAGGUGUCCCUUUGACCCGGCGCACAGCUAUACAUCUGUCAUCGUGGAUGGAGAGCUGUAUUCUGGGACAUCCUACAAUUUUUUAGGAAGUGAACCCAUCAUCUCGAGAAACUCUUCCCACAGUCCCCUGAGAACGGAGUAUGCGAUCCCGUGGCUAAAUGAGCCAAGCUUUGUCUAUGCCGACGUGAUCCGAAGAAGCCCAGAUGGCAUGGAGGGUGAGGACGACAGGGUCUACUUCUUCUUCACGGAGGUGUCGGUGGAGUAUGAGUUUGUUCUCAAGCUGAUGAUCCCGCGUAUCGCCAGGGUGUGCAAGGGGGACCAGGGUGGCCUGAGGACUCUGCAAAAGAAGUGGACGUCCUUCCUAAAGGCCCGGCUGAUCUGCUCCAGGCCGGACAGCGGUCUGGUCUUCAACGUGCUGCGGGAUGUGUUUGUGCUGCGGGGCCCGGGCCUGAAGGAGCCUAUAUUCUAUGCACUCUUCACCCCGCAGCUGAACAACGUGGGGCUGUCAGCAGUGUGCGCCUACAACCUGUCCACAGCAGAGGCCGUCUUCUCCCGCGGGAAGUACAUGCAGAGCGCCACUGUGGAGCAGUCCCACACCAAGUGGGUGCGCUACAAUGGCCCAGUGCCCACACCGAGGCCCGGAGCGUGCAUCAACAGUGAGGCGCGGGCAGCCAACUAUACCAGCUCGCUAAGCCUACCUGACAAGACGCUGCAGUUCGUCAAAGACCACCCUCUGAUGGACGACUCAGUCACCCCGAUAGACAACAGGCCCAGGUUAAUCAAAAGGGACGUGAACUACACACAGAUUGUGGUGGACAGGACCCGGGCCCUGGACGGGACCAUCUAUGACGUCAUUUUUGUCAGCACAGAUCGAGGAGCUCUGCACAAAGCUGUGAACCUGGAGAGCGAGGUGCACAUCAUUGAGGAGACCCAGCUUUUCCAGGACUCUGAGCCAGUGCAGACUCUGCUGCUCUCCUCCAAGAAGGGCAGGAGGUUUGUCUAUGCAGGCUCCAACUCAGGUGUGGUGCAGGCCCCGCUGGCCUUCUGUGGGAAGCACAGCAGCUGCCAAGACUGCAUACUGGCUCGGGACCCGUACUGUGCCUGGAGCCCAACCGAGGCUGCCUGCGUCAUCGUGUACCAGGCCGAGGGCACCAGCAGGGCAUGGAUUCAGGAGAUGAGUGGCGACACAUCCUCAUGCCCGGAUAAGAUUAAAGAAAGUUCCCCGCAGCAUCCUUUCAAGCACGGAGACACAGCGGAACUCAAAUGCUCCCAAAAGUCCAACCUAGCCCGGGUGGUGUGGAAGUUCCAGAACGGUGUGCUGAAGGCCGAGAGCCCCAAGUAUGGUCUGAUGGGCAGGAAAAAUCUGCUCAUCUUCAACCUGUCGGAAGGUGACAGUGGCGUAUACCAGUGCCUGGCGGAGGAGAGGGUCAGGAACAAGACGGUCUCCCAGGUGGUGGCCAAGCUGGAGGUGCAGGUGCUCCCGCGGCCCUCACUGGCCUCCCACUCACCGGGCUUUCAGGCCACCUCCAGGGCGCCUGCAGCGGCCACCCAGGGGUCUUCUGCCCCAGGCCUGGCUGUACAGGCCACCUCCCCUGGGCCCAUCACCCCGCCGCCCCGGCCCAUGCCCACCAGCACAUCCUGCGAGCCCAAGAUCGUCAUUAACACCGUGCCACAGCUACACUCUGAGAAGACCAUGUACCUGAAGUCCAGUGACAACCGCCUGCUGAUGUCUCUGUCGCUCUUUCUCUUCGUGCUCUUGCUCUGCCUCUUCUCCUACAACUGCUACAAGGGCUACCUCCCGGGGCAGUGCUUGAAGUUCCGCUCAGCCCUGCUGCUUGGCAAGAAGCAACCCAAGCCUGAGUUUUCGGACCUGGAGCAGAGUGUGAAGGAGACGCUGGUGGAGCCUGGGAGCUUUUCCCAGCAGAACGGAGAGCAGCCUCGGCCAGCCCUGGACACUGGCUAUGAGACAGAGCCAGACACCAUCACCAGCAAAGUCCCCACGGACAGGGAGGACUCACAGAGGAUUGACGAGCUCUCUGCCAGGGACAGGCCAUUUGAUGUCAAGUGUGAACUCAAGUUUGCAGACUCGGACGCAGACGGGGACUGAGGCGUGUGCCUGUGGUGUCUUGCAGCCCACUGUGGGGCGCUUUGUGUCUUACCUGUUCAGUACCUGCGUCUCCAGUCUCGUGGCCGUGCAGCAGUCCUUAGUCUUGUUUCCUCGCUGGUUGAGUCUGUGACUUGCUCCUCUUUGUGGUUUGGGAAAAUGACAAGCAUUGCGUCCAGGUCAGAGUCCUGCAGUGGGUUGGAGCUCUGGGAGACCACUUUGCGGGUGGUGCCCCAACAUUCCGGAGCCCUUUGUGUCAUGGGGGAGAAGUGGCUGACCUCCCUGGGCUGCGCAGGGCUCCUUCCACUUCUCCCCAUAGCAGCCACUAAAAGAUGAUUUCAUUCCAGAUUGGAAAUGACAUUUUAGUUUAUCAGAUUGGUAACUUAUUGCCUGUUGUCCAGAUUGGCACGAACCUUUUCUUCUGUUGAAUUAUUUUUUUUUAAGAUUUUGCUUUGGUUAUGUUGAGUCGUAGGUCUUUUU